AUGAGUGAAGAGCUGCUUGUGUUUCCCUCAGGAGUGGCCGGGAAGGAUGUGGAACUGCAAGUGAUCCAACCUGACAAGUUCAUGUCGGUGGCUGUGGGAGAGACAGUCAUUCUGCGCUGCUCCCUGACCUCCCUGUUUCCUGUGGGCCCUGUCAAGUGGGUCCGGGAGAUACUGGGUGUCCGGGAGGAUAUCUAUAGCUUUGCAAGCAAAGUCCACAGCUCCCGAGUGACCAAUGUUUCAGAUACCACCAAGAGAGACAACCUGGACUUUUCCAUUCGCAUUUGUGACAUCAGCCCAGCUGACACAGGCACCUACUACUGUGUGAAGUUCCGGAUGGGGAAUGUGGAAAGUGUGGAGUUCAAGUCUGGGCCAGGCACCUGGGUCACCGUGAGUGCCAAACCUUCUCAUCCAGAGAUCUUUGGCCCUACAAAGAGGGUCCCACGCGGGCACACAGUGAGCUUCACCUGCAAGUCCGAUGGCUUUUUCCCCAGAAACAUCAGCCUGCAGUGGUUCAAAAAUAGGAACACACUCUUGGCCUUCCAUACUAUUGUGGAACAACAGAGGGAGAGCACCUCCUACAGCAUCUCCAGCACAGCCAGGGUGCCACUGACCUCAAGGGACGUGCACUCCCAGGUCAUCUGUGAGGUCAACCACGUCUUCCUGCGUGGGGGCCCUCCUCUCCGAGCAAUGGUCAACUUGUCUGAGAUCAUCCGAGUUCCACCCACGCUGGAGGUCUCCCAGUUCCCCACGGUGGGCAACCAGGUGAACCUCACCUGCCAAGUGAAGAAGUUCUACCCCCAGAACCUACAGCUGACCUGGCUGGAGAAUGGAAACGUGUCCCGGGCAGAAACGGCUUCCCUCCUCCUAGAGAACAAGGACGGGACCUUUAACCGGACCAGCUGGCUCCUGGUAAACUAUUCUGCCCACCAGAAGAACGUGGCCUUCACCUGCCAGGUGAAGCAUGAUGGGCAACCAGCGCUCACCAAAUCACACACCCUGGGCUCAAAUGAACAACCUGGAUUGGAAAGGAGACAUGUAUGCUGUCCCAUUUUUCAGGUAGAAACUAGGGGUACCAGUACCAGCCCUCUGGAUAGGCCACUGGAUCAGAUCCCUGGAUCCCACUGUGGCACUACUUCCCUUGUAAUCCCUCUAAAAAUGCCUCCUCUGACCUUGGGAAAGUUUCCAAGUCAUUCCCAACUCAAGAAGUUAGAUACACCCAACUGUUUCCAUUAG